AGUUGUAAUAAUUAUGACAAUCUAUAUUACGACUACACAAUGGUUGCACGAUACAAUAUAAAAGUUUAUUAGAAGAAAGACAAAAAUAUAAACAAAUAAUUCUUACUUUUUAUAAAAGAAAAUCUUAAUGAUAAAAAUUAAAUAAUAAUGAAUGUUAGAAUAGCAAAAACUGUGUUUACGCUAAAGAUGACUACUUCUAUUUGCAAAAUGUAUAAAAGGCCAUUUACAGUAUGUAUAGAAGGUAAUAUAGGAAGCGGGAAAACUACAUUUUUAAGUCAUUUCAAAGAAUUUAACAAUACCACAGUUCUACAAGAACCGGUAGAACUUUGGCGAAAUGUUGGUGGAACAAAUUUAUUGGAAUUAAUGUAUACAGAUCCUAAACGUUAUAGUUUCUUAUUUCAAUCUUAUGUACAAUUGACAAUGCUACAACUCCAUACUUAUAAAUCUUUAAUGCCUUAUAAAAUCAUGGAAAGGUCAGUGUUUAGUUCAAGAUGUUUUAUAGAAAAUAUGAAACGUAAAAAAUUGUUACAUGAUGUAGAAGUAGUGAUUUUGGAAGAUUGGUAUGAUUGGUGUAUAGAAAAUGCUGAUAUAGAAACAGAUUUAAUAGUUUAUUUGAGAACAUCACCAGAUGUUGUAUAUCACAGAAUGAAAACAAGAGCAAGAAAAGAAGAAAGCCUUAUAUCAUUAGAAUAUUUAAAACAACUUCAUAAUAUUCAUGAUGAGUGGCUUUAUUAUCAAACAUUAUUCACUGUACCAGCACCAGUUUUAGUAUUAGAUGGAAACAAAAAUUUAGAAGAGAUGGUUAAAGAAUUUGAAAAUUGUAAAAAUCAGAUAUAUGGUAAAAAAGAAACAGAAAAAAAUUAAACGAAAAUAUUGCAUUUUUGCUUGAAAAUAAUGCAUUUGUUAAUAUAACUGAAAAAAAUAUUGAACUGAAAAACUAAAGAUGAACUAUUUUAUGGUUUAAUUUAAGAAAAAUUUUUGAUAUCAUAAUAGAAUUCUAAUUAUCUAAAAUAAUUUAAUUAAUUGACACAUUUGAUCUGACUAUUUUUUAGCAAUUAUUGCGAUUCAUAUUUUUAUAAAGAAAAAAAGUCAUUUAACAGUGGCAUCGAUAGUAAAUAAUUGAUGAAGGAUUCAUGUGUUUUUUAAUAUAUGCAUUAUGUAAAUAUUGUAAUUCGUAGCUAUUUUUAACAUAAUAAUACGCUUAUA